AUGUUCCGACACAGCGUGCGACGAAUAUCGACGACGGCGCGCAGGGCCGCGGCAGCUGCUGCUCCCGUGGCCGCGAAGCCCCCGAGCCCGCAUACGCUCGCCGUGUCCAAGGCGCAGGGCAUUGCGAAAGGGCUGACUGGAGCAAUCGGCAACACGCCCCUCAUCCGCAUGAACACGCUCUCGGAGCAGACGGGCUGCGAAGUGCUCGGCAAGGCGGAAUUCAUGAACCCCGGCGGGUCGGUCAAGGACCGCGCGGCCUUAUACGUAGUACUCGACGCGGAGGAGCGCGGGCUGCUGAAGGCGGGCGGCACGGUGGUCGAGGGCACGGCGGGCAACACGGGGAUCGGGCUCGCGCACGUGUGCCGGUCGCGCGGGUACCGGCUCGUCAUCUACAUGCCGAACACGCAGUCGCAAGGCAAAAUCGACCUGCUGCGCCUUCUCGGCGCCGAGGUCCACCCCGUGCCCGCCGUCGCCUUCGACCACCCCGAAAACUACAACCACCAGGCGCGGCGCCACGCCGAGCGCCUCGAAAACGCCGUCUGGACCAACCAGUUCGACAACACGGCGAACCGCAGGGCGCAUAUCGAGACCACGGGCCCCGAGAUCUGGGCCCAGACCGGCGGCAAAGUAGACGCGUUCACGUGCGCGACCGGCACGGCGGGCACGCUGGCGGGUGUCACAAGGUACCUGAAGGAGGCGUCGGACGGCCGCGUCAAGUCCUACCUGGCCGACCCGCCCGGCUCCGUGCUACACUCGUACAUCCAGUCGGGCGGCAAGCUAUCCGAGCGCAGCGGCGGCAGCAUCACCGAGGGCAUCGGUCAGGGCCGGAUCACGGAUAACCUGGCGCCGGACCUGAAGCUAUUAGACGGCAGCCUGCAUAUCGCGGACGAGAAGAGUCUCGCGAUGGUGUACCGCUGCCUCGACGAGGAGGGGCUGUACCUGGGCGCGAGCUCGGCGCUCAACGUCGUCGCUGCUAAGGAGGUCGCCGAGAUGCUGGGACCGGGGCACACGGUGGUUACGAUGCUGUGCGAUGGCGCGUACAGGUACGCCGACCGCCUGUUCUCGAGGAAGUGGCUCGAGAGCAAAGGGUUGCUAGGCGCGGUGCCCAAGGGGUUGGAGAAGUACGUCGUGCUACCUUGA